GAAACAGGAAGAGGCGGAGCCAUCAAAAGAGUGUAGGGGCGGGGUUAGAAAGGCAGCCUAGGACGCAACCUUCUCAGGGGCGGGGCGGUUUCCUGCCAAUCACUGUUUGCUUGCCCUCCCCCUGGUGUUGGCCCCGCUGCCUCGGGGUGGGGGAGGUCGUGAAGGGGGCGAUAAAAUGGCGCAGGGGGCGGAGUGAGGUGCUGCCGCUCGCCCAGGCUUUGGCCCGGCUUCCGGAGGUGAAGAGCGGGAGGGACGAAGGGUCGGCGUCCGUCGUCUAGGCAAGGGUUCGGGGGCGCCUGUUGCUUCUCCACAGGGCCGCAUACAUCGUCUGCCCCCGUGAGGAGUAGAGAAGCUCGUCUCGCUGAGGGAAGGGCUGAUUCUCGCUCCUGAGGAAGGUGGGAGUCAAUCACUUUGACAAGUCUCCUGAAAGGAACAGCCAGCAGGAGUUGAAACCUUUUUCCAUUUGGUCUCGUGGCAAAGGCAGAUUGCUCCAGCAGCUCCACACAAUAUGACGUGCUCACUCUUGCCCUCUGAACAGUCUUCUGGUACCUCUUUUCUGCCUAAAGACAGUGCCUCAUUUUCUUGGGGCUCCUCGGAUGAAGAUGAGUUGAACGACUCCUUGUUGGAGUUUUCUGAUGGAGAAGAAGAUGAUGGCCAUUUCAGUUUCACUGAGGAAGAGAUUGAGAGGCUUUUGAAGGACGAUGAUGGUGGGCAUAAUGAGUAUAGAUCGAGAAAGAGUCAAAUUCUACCCGAUACUCCUCAAGAAAAUUCUUUGUACAGCUUGGGAUCUUCAGCUGAAACCCCUGGCUUCCUCAAACUACCUCAACUAAGUACAUCAGUUGGUCAUGGACCAACUCCUAGUAAAUCAUUAAACAGACACUUUGUACUUGAAAAGAAUCUUAUAAAAGUAACUGUUGUUGCACCAUUUAAUCCAACAGUUUGUGAUCCUGUGCUUGAUAAAGACAAGAUCGAUUCCUCCAAAGAAACGGAAAAACCUGCCUCUCUUCGGGAACAGACGAGAGAAGACGAUCUUCAUCCUAAUGAGAAUAAACGUUGCACUGAACCUGAAGGGGUCAGUCCCAAUAACUCUGCUUGGGAUGGGCCCCUGCUUUCUUCUCCUUCAAACAAUAACAUCGAACAAAAUGCCUCUGAUAAAAAUAUGCCUGAAAGUAAGAAACCUACCCCUGUGUUCUCUCAGAUCUCCAACCAUUCAGAGGUACCCAACAGGAAAAAUAGUGGAUCACACAAAUCAGGUUGUGAAGUGAGAAUUCCAGUUGUGUCCAGUUCAUCAAACAGACAUGCCUUUGACAAGGAUUCUGGGGAGGCGAAAGGUGAGAGAAGACUAGGCAAAGUCAUUCCUGUUCUACAAACCAGAACCAGGAUGUUUUCACAAUCAGAUCUAGAAAAACAGAAGGACAUUUAUCUCAGCAAAGUCAUUGCUCAUAUAGAAGACCCAGGGGACUCUAACCAAGGCACCUUGGGAGAGCUAGAUGCCCUGAUGGAUCAAGUUCAUAUGCAGAACCCAGACUGGCAGCACCCUUCAGAUCUUACCACACGAAAUUAUGCCCGGUUCCGACAGAGACCUCUGCAGAGAUACAGUCUGAGUCAGUGGGUUGACAGAAACAAGCGAAGCCACCAUCGCUUCCAGCGCCUCCCAGACUUCUCAUACAGUCCAUAUGUUUCACCCCAUCAACAGUGACAACAGUGACAGGGUCCAGUCCAUAGCAGCAGCAUAGUUUCCUCUGCUAUUUUUAUUUGUAUAUUUUGAGUUUUAUUUUUCACAAGAUUUUUAUUUAAAGAAUUUGUCACCUUUUGGAAAUGCCCAUUACUGUCUUGAAUUUUUUUUUUAAUGAGAACCACCUCCCAUCCCCAGUUUGUGUGUCUGUCUGAUGUAUAUGUUUCAGCAAUGCUAAGUAGUGUUUUUCUGUUUGUUCUUUGUUGUUGUUGUUGCUGUUUUUAAAUUUUAAAUGAAGGUAAUUUCCUUCUGAAGGCCUGUAUUAAGUCAGAACAUCCAGGCUUUAAGUAAAGUACCAGCUGUAAGCGCAGGCAGAGUCUACUUGUACUACCCGAAAGAAAUAUUUCAGUCUACUGUAAGGAAGAGGUUGUUUCGCAGGCUAAGAGCCGGCGUUAUUAUUGUUGACUUGUGAAUAGAUAGAAAUCACUGUUAACAACCCCUCUUUUUAAAUUUGAGUUUCUUGAAUACUUGUCAGUAUUUUAAUGUUGCCAAUUCAGUACAUUUGAAAUAGGAUAGAGGAGAAAAGUUCUGUUGAAAGGAUAGAUUAAAAAUGUAAAUCCUCUCCUUUCUGUACCUAUUAGCUGACUUUAAAAAAAAUUAUUAAUGGUUUACUCUAUGUUAAAUAUAUUUUGUUCAUAAUGUUUGAAAUCUUACACAUCUUAACUGACAGAAGACAACUGAUUAAUCCUUGUUGAAUACUCUGUGGUCUUGUGACUGGUUGAUUUCUCUGCCCCUUUUAAGAUUUUUUUUUCCCCUUUCCCACUCCCAGUGACUAGUCUGAUCCUGAAGCUUUACAGGAAGUGUUCUUAUAUCCUAUUAGACUUAGACAUGCCUUUCAGAGUGCCCUCUGUCUGCUGAAGAAAUACCACCAGAAUCUUGACUUGUUAGGCCAGCACAAUUGAGAUGUCUAGGAGUCUUCAGUUUCUUCUGCAGAACCCCAAGUUUAUGUGUUGUUGCUAUGCAAGGAAACUCUUCCUAUGAAUCCUUCAGAGGGUCACUCUUUUGCCUCUCCUGUUGGUUACAGGCACCUGUACACCCUGGAUGCUAGCGUUGUAGCAUGUGGUCCCUUGUCUCACAUCAGCACUGGAGCAUCUAGGGAGAGCAUGAUUGAGCCCAUGCACCACAACACCACGGGCUCUUGAGUAAGGUGUGGCAUUCCAACCAAAGCUGAGAGGCUCUGUGUACUGUCUUAAUGGAUGUCUUAGAAGAUUUGUAUUUCUCACAGGCAGCUCUAGACAUCAUUUUGAGAGGGUUUACAAUAUGACAUUCCUGCUGCUGUAGUCACUGUGAAGGUGAUUCAUAGUUGCCUAGCCUCUGUGUGCUUUUCUUUCUUUAGUCUCCUUUUAUAUGUGGCUAACCCACCCUAAGUAGUUCACUCCACUCUAGAAAAAUGAUCUUUUUGUUCUGUUUUGUUUUUGUUUUUCAAGACAGGGUUUCUUUGUAUACUCCUGGCUGUCCUGGAACUCGCUCUAAUGACUGGGCUGGCCUUAAUGCACAGAGAUCUGCCUGCCUUGCCUUCUGACUGCUGGGAUUAAAGGCAUGGAUCACCACUGUUCGCCUAAAAAAGUGACUGUGAUUAGGAAAAUCUUGAUUUUGUUUGUUUAUUUUUGUUUUGUUUUGUUUUCAAGCCUUUAGUGGGUUUGGAUAAAUGUUCUCAAGUGUUUGUUUUUAUCCAGUCAAGUUUUUUUUUUUCUUCCUUACUUUUUUUGUGGCAGGGUCUCCUGUUAAGCCUGGGCUAGCCCCUUCAACACACUAUUUAGCCCAAGAUGGUCUUGCACUUUUGAUUUUUCUGCCCCACCUCUCAAAUACUAGGAUUGAAGGUAUGCACCAUCAUGCCCAGAAAGAACUUUCUCUCCCUCCAGCCCCAACCCUAAGAUGUUUUUGUGUGUGUGUGUGUGUGUGUGUGUGUGUGUGUGUGUGUGUGUGUGUGUGUGUAGCCCUCCUGGCUUGGUAGACCAGGCUAGCCUACCUGAUUCACCUGCCUCUACCUUCUUAGUGCUGGGAUUAAAGGUGUGCACCACCACGCCCUGCUUUUGACUUUUGACUCUUUUUUUUCCCCAGAAAAAAUUUUCUAUUCCUUGGUUAUUUGGUUUCGAUUCUGUGACUAGACUUUGAAAGGCAAUACUCCAGUCGCCUCUCUUGGUGGGCACGGUUGUUGUUGACCUCAGUGGUCACUUGUCUGAGAUGUUGUAAGUUAGCCUGAUAGACUGAGAUAUGCCAAACAAUCCAAACAGUCUACCUUUGGGACCAAAACAAAGUUCAGGUUAAAUAUAGCUGGGGUAGCCAGCAUGGUGGCUGAGUAGUCCCAUGGUGGGUGACGGGGUGAAGGGACAGCAUUUUGCGUAGGCAGAACUCUGAGAUGUUCCUGCUCUCCUGGUACCAGGAGGAAUUAAGAUGGAAUGUAUAAUGGGAGCAUUGCCUUUGCCAGAUCAGAUGAGUGACAGGUUAACUAGAAAAUGUGACAAUCACAUUUCCUCUAGCUCAGAUAAUUCUGUUUUUCCAAAGCGUUAGCAGCUAAUUAAGUCUGGUGGACUGGGGGAGGAGGGAGCUGUUCUGUAGUGGUUAACAUGGCAUUCUUUAAGGAGAAAAAAAAAGCCAAAGAAAACUCAUGUUAGCCUUAAAGAUGGUAAUGGGCAGAGCCUGGGGUUUAAUCUCUUCAGAGCUGCAUAUCUCUUAAGUCUUGUAUUGCAGAUUAAAUUCUUGCUGUAUUUUUAAAUUUGAGUAAGGGUUAUGUGCAUUUAACUGUGCCCCUGUCUUUUAUCAUCCCUGAUGGCAUUCUUACCAUAGGGGUCUUGACAGAGCAGAGACGUGCUGUUUAGAAAUAGUUGACGAGUAGGUAAGGAGCCUAAAUCACAGAGGUCUCUGCGUCCAGUCUGGGCUCCGACUUACGUGCUUUGUUGUCAGGGCCGACUGUGAAGCUGAAGGUUGGUGCCGCCUUUUUUUUUUUUUUUUUUAUCAUGUCUUCCCCCUUAUAGCAGUUGUGUUAAUGUCAUUAAAAAGAAAUAAAAGUUCUCGUCAGUAGCGUA